UGCCCAAUUACAAUGCAGGAAUACGUCACCUGACCUAAACGUCACACAUUACAUCACGACUUGCGUUUUCCUCAUGCCGGAAGUUGACAGAGGUGAACUUGCUUUACUAAAGUAAUUUGUUUCAAGAGUUUUUCCAUUCUUGUACACAAGUUUGUUAAAAAAUUAUAUCGGUUGAGAGACAACUGUGACGUUAGCUAAAUUUUGCGACGCUUCAGGUUAUGAGGAUAUGCUCCGGUUAGCAACGGUUACGUCCCCAACGGCUAUCGUCUGAAUCUCCCUCCGUUUAGACAUCCCUGAGAAAAAACUGUUGUUCAAUUAUUGUUUUCUUUUUUACGCUCUUCAUCAUGUCAAUCAACUCACAGAUGGCGAGAAGCUUGUUUCGAAUACUAAAGGCUUAUAAGAACAUUGUUUCCACUCCAUACAAGUAUCAGCCAUCCUCCUGCCUUCAAUUCACAAACAGCAUUGCGCGGACCAUGGUGGGGCUGCCCUUCUCCUUGUCUUUUAAGCCUCAGGACUUUAGCCUGCCUAACUCCUCAUGGAGUGCAGAAAUGAUGCGCUUGUACAACUACUACAAUAGCCAGUGUGAGGUGGAGACUGAAAUUGGGGAGAAAAAUAGGGGCCCUUGGAGGAGACUGCCGAGCUACAAUCGCACCCUCAAGUAUGCUACAGGUGGCGCCUACCUCAGUAAAUUAAUCCAGUCCAAAAAUCGUUUAUUUACCCGCAGCAUAAAAACCCCUGGAGCUGCCUUUGAGUAUGUUGUUUUUCUUAACAAAGAAGAGCAGAGGACUGUCUGCAUUUUUCAGGCUGGACACCUGCUGGAGGGGCCUCCAGGACAUGUCCACGGGGGGGCAAUAGCCACCAUGAUUGAUUCUGUGACAGGGACGAAUGCAGCAUACAUCUCUGGACCAUUGGUGACUGCCAACCUCAACAUUGAUUACCGCAGCCCAAUCCCGCUAGGAAGUACAGUGUUAAUCGAAUCCUCCCUUGAUAAAAGGGAAGGCAGGAAAACCUUUGUUUCCUGUAAAGUGACCAGUACUGAUGGCUCCAAGCUGCACACAGAAGCAAAAGUCUUGUUCCUGUCAAUCAAUGUCAGCCAUUUAUUGGGAAUCUGAUACAAAUCUGCUGUCACGUUGAAACUAUUUCAACAAGCUGAGGCCUUCUUCAAGUCUCUUUGGCCUUCUUCUUAAAAAGUUUAAUAUAUGUUUGCUUUAUCUGUUAAGUUAUUGUAGAGCCACACACAGUGGAACCUCCACAGUCAUAUGUGUUUGUGUAUUCAGAUGUAUGUGAAGCAGGAACCCUGAUUUGCUGUCUUUUUACAUUAAGAUUUUUGUGACUCUUAUGCCAUGUAAGACUUGUUUGUCCGUGCAGUGAUCUGAAGGUGUAAAAGACUUGUUUGUAUGCAACUUCACCUUUCCUUUUCCUAUACUCGCCACUAGUCGGCGCUUUGCACCCACUCAUGUCAUAUUCAGGUGUUAAGAGAGUAUGGCCAACUGUAUGUUUCAGGCAUCGCAAUGAUUGGUCAAAACGGCACUCACAUAACUAAAUGGCGCCAUGACUACUACUAACUUUAAGCUAAUGCAGUGGUUCUUAACCUUGUUGGAGGUACCGAACCCCACCAGUUUCAUAUGCGUAUUCAUCGAACCCUUCUUUAGUGAAAAAUACAAUUUUUUUUUUUUUUAAAUUCAACACAAAGUUAUGUUUUUGGUAACACUUUAGUAUGGGGAACAUAUUCAAAGUAACAAAUACUUAAUUUAGAGUUAUUUGGACACUAGGGGAACAUAUUCUAAGUAAUAAAGACUUAAUUUAGAGUUAUUUGGUUAGGGUUAGAGGGUUAGGGUUAUAAUAAGGCCAUGCAGAAUAAGGCAUUAAUAAGUACUUAAUGAUGACUAGUUAAGAGCCAAUAUGUUACUAAUUUGCAUGUUAAUAAGCAACUAAUUAAUGGUGAAUAUGUUCCCCAUACUAAAGUGUUACCAUGUUUUACUGGUGCAUAAAAUGAACCGUGCAGGAACAUCACCUUGUUCAAACAACAAAACCAACACAGUGCAUAAACUCACAACAAACUACACACCUGCAAACCAGUCAGCUGUUGCCGUAUCCGUAAUACGCCGAUAGGGAAAAGUUUGUAUUUACACGAUGAGUCGGGUGUGUUUUGACCUCCGCCGAACCCCUAGGGUUCGAUCGAACCCAGGUUAAGAACCAGUGCGCUAAUGCUAUGUGUUUGCGGCGUUUCCUGAUUAAUUGGUCGAUGUGUGAAAUGCCCUAUUGUACAGCAUGGGGCUGCUCCACCCGCGAAAAUUGUGGAAUCUGUGUUUUAUUAAGGACAGAACACACAGAAACAAAUACAAAUAACAGAAAAAAUGAACACAUUGAAGAGAUGGUUUGACAAAAGUAGACUAUUUUUAAUUUCAGGAAAACUAAAAUAAUGCAAUUUGGUAACAGCAGAACAGACAGUCAAAUACGAGUAGACUGAUAUUGAAAGAGUUAAAGAAACCUAAUGUGUGUAAUAAUAGAUGAGAAAAAAGUGGAAACCUCAUAAAAAAUAUACAACAAAGUGGCAAGAAAUAUGUCAAUGAUAAAUAAAGCAAAAUGUGUUUUGGACCAAAAAAUCACUCCAUAGUCUCUAGUGCUUGUCAGCGUUACAAUAUCUGAGUUAUUAUGGAAAAAUAAUUACAACAGCACACUUAAACUUAGUAUGUUAAAAAAAAAAGAAAGAUCAGUGAGAAUAAUACAUGAGUGAUACAUACAGCACAAAUACAUUGGAGGCAGCCACCACAGUUGACAUACUUCACACACAAGUCAUACUUGUGAUUGUUGGUCCAAAUCUAAUUUAAGCAAAAUGAGGGUAAUAAGUAAAUUUUUUUGUUCAUUCUGUGUAUUUUUUUUGUACGCUUAUUGCGCCGUCGGGUGCAUGUUAGAGUGCCUUUUGAUCACGAAACACUGCAGAAAUGUAGCAGCAGAGUGCGUCAACUGCAGUCGUAAAAGUAUACUUUCACAAAAUAAAAUUAUAUUUUAUUGUAAGUUUAUGAGCUGGAGUAUGUUUAAAACUAUAUACAGGCGUAUUAUUUUGGCUUAUUUCGUCAGAAAAACUAACAUCAUUGAUGUGUAUUUCUGGUCUUGUCAUCCUUGUCCGGACAGAAGGGUGACACGGCAGUGCGGCUGGAUCAAAAGAGACGUCGGAGACAAUUUACUGAACCAAAAGUUGCUUUAUUACAAGCAAGCGUCAUUAUACAGGACUGCAGUUCCUGGAGCUAAACAUGUAGUCUCUUCUCACGGAUAGAGCCAUCAUCUUUGCAUUCCAAGGUCAAAUUUUAUUGCCCUUUCUUUCACGAGAACUAAUCCAAUCCACACACAAAUGUCAAUACUAAAGGGCCCUAUGUUAUUAUGUGCCCAAACUGAAAUACCUACUAGUUAAACUGUUGGUUUGCUUUCUCCCAGAUGAAUAUAAGCAUUCACCAUAUGCAAAACAUAAUAUGAGUUAAUUAUUUCACUUCAUCAUAAUGACAGCAAUUCCAUGCAUCCAGGCACAGCCGCACACAUCUUCGGUAGCAGUCGUGGCGUCUGUUUAGUUAGCCAUACUCUCCUUAUACACGACUCUGACUCAUUUUAUUCUGUGUUGAAGCCACCACAUGAGACUCUCAAUCACUUGCUGUAAGUAAAAGUUAAUAUUUUAGCAGUAACUUAGUUCUCAGAAUUAUUUUUGUCUUCUUUAAAUACAUUAUCAGUAUUGUUACCUGUGAACAAGUUAGGUUUUCUCAGUGUGUGCAUCACUGAGAGUCUGUGUUUGACUCCAACACAGAAUAAAAUAAGUGGGUUCAAGGUGGCAACGAGUGGUAAGUAUAGGGAAAGGAAAGAUGAAGUUGCAGACAAUUAUUUUUACACGUUCUUACGCUGUCAGAAACAUCACAUGUAAAAAGACAGCCAAUCAGAAUUCCUGUUUUACACAAAUCUGAAUACAUAUAUAUCAAUCAAUCAAUCAAUCAAUGUUUAUUUAUAUAGCCCUAAAUCACAAGUGUCUCAAAGGGCUGCACAAGCCACAACGACAUCCUCGGUACAGAGCCCACAUACGGGCAAGGAAAAACUCACCCCAGUGGGACGUCGAUGUGAAUGACUAUGAGAAACCUUGGAGAGGACCGCAUAUGUGGACACACGUUUUAUUUUUUUACACACACAGAUCAAAAUACAGUCACAUAAAUUGAAACAUGCGCACACGGAUCUGAUAACACACACACACACACACACACACACAGAUUGAAAUACAGACACACAAAUUAGUACACUUGAAUCGGAUUACAGACGCACAAAUUGAUAUAUGCAUUUGCAAAUAGUUUUGCUACUAUAAUACCUCCAUAGAGGUAUUAUAGUGAAUUCCAACUUGUCCUAAUUUCAAAACACACUGGAUAGAAAGGAACUCAUUCUUGCAGUGUCAAACUGUCAUUAUUAAACUUAUUUAAAUAGACUGGCAGAUUUGCCCCGUACACAACCUUAAAGGGGAACUGCAAUUUUAUUUUUUUAAAUUUUGUCUAUCGUUCACACAAUUAUUAUGAUUGUUUUUGGGUUUUUUUUAUAGGUAAUUCCUAAAUAUUUCAACUCAGAAUUUACAGAGACAUUGGAAAUAUUUUAUUUCACACAUUCAUGGAUAGGAAACAAUCCUCGUUAUUUUAAAAUUUAGGCAAAUUCCUGAUACAUUACAGAAUUCUUGAAUCUUUUCAAUAGCAGUUGGAAUUUGUUCUUCAUUUAUUAGGAAGAGUGUUGUUUCAUAUGCUAAUUGACUAUUAUUUCUGUGCCAGCAGGUUCAAAUAUGGUAAUAACAGUCACCCUUGAGGAAUGCCUAUUUUGUUUUGGAAACUGGGGUUGUGCCAGAGACAAGUAAGAUACAACUAUUAAUAUUAUCAUAAAGUCCUCUAAUUAUCUCCCAAAACUUAAUACCAUUUCCAUUUAUAAAAAGAAAAUUGAAAUACCAAAACAUACCAAUCACGUCGCCGCUAUAAAUAGUUUGUCUGCGUUAGCGCUUAUAAUUAAAAAAUCACCAAUACUUUAUUAAUAUUCAAGUCACAAAAUGUAAACUGAGUAUUGUUGACGCUUUUUGAAUGGUUAUCAGAUUUUAUGGGCAGAAAAGUGGAGCUCCCAUGAACUCCGCUGUAAGCGGACUUUUAUUGACGUUUAUUUAAUAUUUAAUGCAUUAAAAAAAAAAUCCAUAAA